GUUCUUGUUGGGUGAGGGCAGGUAGCAGUUAGUAGUGAGCAGCAGAAGAACGUUAGUUGCAGAAAGAAACGCGCAGCAGAUAGAAUGAAGCAGCAAAAAGAAUUGGCAUGGCUGGCGUACGAGUAGUAUCGGAGCACGAAGGCAGCACGAACAGCACGUGAGGUUCUCGAGGUCACCCUUGUCGUCAAGACAGGUCCCACGAAUGCCCUAGACGACGAAACGAAGCGGUGCACUCAACCGGCGAGCUCCGUGAGUCGCGCUAGCAGGAAACCGUAAAAUCCUGUUAUGGCUGGCGUAAAAACCAAUCACCAAGUCAGAAAGGCAUUGCAGCUUCCGCCGUUCGACUCGAUGUAGGACUAACAAUGACUGCGACGAGCGAGUUUAAAAGGCUACUAUCUCGCAGACACAUCGGCGUUGUCACGCGACUUAUAUGAUUCUAUUACUACGUCCGGUAGCUAUGGUAAAUAUUUUCCCAUUCGAUCAACUGGUAGUGCAGAACCAGCGUUGUACGUGUGAGCAGCGGCGUCGCACACAGAAGCCGAAGCAGCAGGCGAAGCAGAAGCCGAAGCAGAAACCGACGCAUAAUCCAGACAAGGCGACGGAACAGCAACGUUGGCAACUGGCGGAGCCGUGCUCGCGGCCAUGCCACGCACGACACACGCAACGCCGCGCGCAAGGCACGGCAGAGUCGCUCAGCGCCACACAUGGCGGCCCGAGGCAGAGGCUGAGACAGACAGGGAGAGGGAGACAGAGAGGGAUGUGGAACGGAAGGGCGAGCGGGAGGCAGAGUGAAGGGAGGAUUUUUUCUAAGAGCAGCAGGGGAGAGCGACGGGUGUUGCAACAGGAGCGAGCAUUGGGACGGGGGCAGUGGCAGGGACGAAAGGGCCGGCGGUGGUGGGGGAUUCUUGGCAGGAGGCUCUCAUGCCGGCACGAUGCCGCGUGGCUGCUGCGCUGUGCGCUGCUCUUGCUGCAUCUCCUGGCGCUUAGUACUGUCGACUCCCGGGACGUUCCGGGCGGCCAUCCGGCCGUCUACAUAGUUCGCCUGCGCUCCGCGCCCGCCAUUCCCGCGUACGUCGGCGGCAUUCCGGGAUUCCCCGCCACCGCCUCCCCUGCGGUCGUCGCGGAAGCAGCAGCAGUAGCCGCCGCAGAAAGCCGAAAACGGGCUAGAACCUCCGCGGUAACGACCGCGGGUGACGCAGUAGACAAUGACGAAUCGGACGAUUAUGAUAAUAGCGAGGACGACGGCAACAGUCACGCGGAUGUUGAUAAUACCGAGUCGGUUGAUCCAGAGGUGGCAAGAAUUCGCAUAAGCAUGAAGGCGCGGACUAGCAGCCGCGGGGGGGGGGGAGUGGGGGAAGAAGUUCCGCGGGGCCCCGUGCCGUCGGCGCGCGGAGUGCGCGUGAACGUGCAGGCGGCGCACGUGAAGGCGUUUGCGCGCAUGCUGGUGCGGCAGCAGCAGCAGGUGGUGGCGGAGGCGCGCGUGCGCGAGGAGAACAUGCUGUACAGUUACAAGUUUGCCGCCAAUGGCUUCGCAGCGCGCCUCACUCAAGCGGACGUCAGGAGAUUAAAGCGCCAUCCCAUGGUGGCUGACGUCACCAGGAGCUACGGCGUCCGAUCCGCCACCACAUACACGCCGAGAUUUUUGCAGCUGCCCGGAUCCAUGUGGGCCUCUAGCGGAGGGCCAAGCCGAGCAGGUGAAGGAGUGAUAAUCGGCGUGGUGGACACGGGAAUCUGGCCCGAGCACCCUUCGUUUCGAAUAGAUAACUCGUCGGGCCCCUACCCGCGUCCCCCCCGCCGGUGGGCGGGGAAGUGCGUGCGCACGCGCGACUUCCCUGCAUCGCGGUGCUCGCGCAAGCUGAUCGGCGCGCGCUUCUUCUCGCGCGCGUACGAAGCGCAGGGCGGGGUGGUGGACGUGCAGCACGACUAUCGGUCGCCCAGGGACGCUGACGGGCACGGCACGUGGUGUGCGGGCACAGCAGCAGGCACGGGUGGCACCCUGGUGACCACCUCCUCCGAGCCUUACCCCAUCCGCUCCUUCGGCCUCGCCAGCGGCAUGGCGCCCAAGGCGCAUCUAGCCGUCUACAAGGUCCUCUGGACCAACGCCUCCCUCAAAGGCUACGGGGAGCUCGCCGACGUGCACUACGCCAUCGACCGGGCUAUUAAGGAUGGCGUGGACGUGCUAUCUCUCUCCUUGGGCGGGCUGGGGCCCAACCAGCACUACUUUGACGAUCUGCUGUAUCUUCUGGCGAAUCAGGCUGGCAUGGUGGUGGUUACCGCGGCUGGGAAUCAAGGCCCGGCGCCGAACCUGGGCCUGUGGCAGAGGUUCGGGAUCUACCGCACGAUUAGUAACUUCUCGCCGUUUUAUCUGACCGUGGGGGCAAGUUCCAUUGGUCGUCGCUUUCUCACGCAGCUGAGGCUGGGCAGUGGUAGGGUGAUCUACGCGUCUGGAGUGGGCUCUGGCAUGUACGCCACUCGCCACGCGCCGCUGAUUUCUGCUGCCGAUGCCGCCGCGCGAGACGCCUCACUGGAAGGGGCCAGCCACUGCAUACCCGGAAUGCUCUCCCCUGCCCGUGCUCUCGGCGCCAUAGUCCUCUGCACGCGCGGCAUGGUGAACGUCCGGGACAAGCUCCUCGCAGUGGCUGCAGCGGGCAGCGCAGCAAUGAUCCUUGCCAACGAGGAGGGCGGCCCUACUGACGUGGACACUCUCUCCGCUGCCGCAGACGCACCAAUCCCCUUCGUCCACGUCACUCUAGCGCAGGCUAGGAUCAUCCGAGCGUACAUUCAAAGCACGACGAAACCCAUCGCUUCCAUCUUGGCCCGGUGCCACAUCCUAGAGAACGUCGCGCCCCCCAUGGUCGCGUCUUUUUCCUCCACAGGACCCACGGUGAACCCGAGGUUCGCAGCGACCCCGCCGUACCCUACAAAUGAUCUCUUAAAGCCAGAUGUGGUGGCGCCUGGAGUGGACAUUUGGGCUGCGUGGACUGGGCAUGGGAAUAGCCCCCCUUCGCCCAUGUCUGUUGCGAGGCCAAGGCGGCAGGGUGGAGUGGGGUGGGAUGCGGCGAGGGGCAGUGGUACCAGUCACACCAGCAGCGGCAACAGCAGCCUCAGCAGCAGCAGCAGCAGCAGCAGCAGCUUCAGCAUUUCUGGUACUGGCAGUCGGAGGCUCUCUCGCAGCUGGAAGCAGGCAAAUCCAACCAACAAAAAGAGACCCUCCUUUGCCAUCCUCUCAGGGACGUCCAUGGCAACGCCCCACGUGGCGGGGAUUGCAGCGCUGAUAGUGCAGAACCACCCCGACUGGACCCCCGCUCAGGUCAUGUCUGCCAUAACCACCACUGCCAGGAGCUCCUACGCCACAACUGCAGGGUCCGUCGCCCGCGUGAAGCCAAGAAAACCCACCGCUCGCCAGCCUGGAUACCAACAACUGCCACGUCAGCCACGACAGCCACGUGGGUCACGACUGUAUCCUAGGGAUGGGGGGAGUGUACCUAGUCGAAGAAUACCACCACAGCCGCCACUGCCAGGUGCCUCUAGGCCUGUAACGGGGAGGCCUGUUCGGAGCCUGGAGAGGAGUAGGCGGGUAGUGAGGGCGGAGAGGAUGGGCGAGGGCACGGCAAGGCCAGUGGUGCAAGGAACAAAUAGUGGUAGGCUUUUGCUAACUUCUAACACUGGGGAUGGCAGCAGGAGACUUACCAGCAGACAUAGGAGAAGAGGGGUUGUGAGCAGCAGCAGCAGCCAGAGCAGCCGCCACAGCCGCAGCACCAGCAGCAGUAGCAGCAGCAGCAGCGGUAGGAGAAGAACUAGCCGUUUUUCUAGCAGGCAUAAACCAGCUAACAGCAGCAACAGCAGCGACACAGCCGCAGCCGCAGCCGCAACCGCAGCCAUGGGCAUCAUCACCUCUACUGACAACUCCUCCCUCAUCUACCUUCCCAUUCGAACAGCCCGGGGCAAGACCGCCACGCCUUGGGACAUGGGCCAAGGCCAUAUAUAUCCUCCCUCCAUCCUCGACCCAGGACUAACAUUCAAUGCUGGCAUCUACAGCUACAUUAAUUUCCUUGCAGGCCAGAGUUUGAGCCGCACCAAGCGACUCUGGCCCAAGUUUAAGCUCCGUCCAAAAAAGGCUUACAAGCUCAACCGUCCAUCGAUCGCCAUCGGACGGCUGAAAGGCUCCGUGCUGGUGAGGCGUUCCGUUACGAGCGUGUCCAAGUUGACAUGCACUUAUGAGGCGAGGAUAGCCAUGUUUCCAGCUAAUGUGAAGGUGGUGGUUAGGCCGAGCAAGUUCACAAUCAAGCCUGGGGAAAUGGUGACAUAUAGUGUGAAUCUCACAGUGCUCAGGCCAUCCCCGAUAGGAGCGUUUUCUUAUGGGAGUGUAGUGUGGGUGGAUGAGAGAGGGCAUGUGGUGCGGUCUAUACUUGCUGUACAGCCAGUGGCAAUACGAUAGCUCCUAAUUUCAACCUACUCACUGUUGUU